AUGGAUAUCUUGGCAAAGUUGGAGAAGCACCCCGUCACCUGGACUCUGGACUGGAGUUACAUCGGCGACAGAGAGCUCUGGUCUCAAUGGACUUCCGUCCCGUUCCUGACUGACUUCGUUGAUACGCUCAAAGUCAACCUCACCGAUCUGGACUCUUCCAUGAGUUUUGAGUCCUCCCGCAGGCAUCUUCGCGGCAAACACAUGAUGCACAGCAUCAAGUUUAACAACUACGUGAUGAUGUUCGCUACUGCUCUGAGCAUGGUCCUGCGCGCGGGACCAAUUGCGGCCAGCUCCCGAGUGCAAAAGCUUCCAUACCCACCGCUAAACGUUCCCAUCCGAAGAGAAAGGCACGACAUGGCGGGAAUUAUCUAUCGUCAUGGCCUGAAGGUCAACAAAUUGAUCAUCAACGUUUUGCCAACACCCGAACCAGAGGUUCCCAACACGCAAGCCUAUCCAACUGGUGAACACCAUCCUGCUCCAGAGGGGCAGGAAUACUUCCGCCAACAUUUCGGCCCGGAUUGGAAGCCAGAAUCCGCGAAUCCUGGCAUGAUCGCUGCGGAAGCCAUGUGCGAAUUCCUGGUAGAAGUCAUGGCUAGCAUUCUAUAUGAAUAUUCCCUAUUUUCGGAAACCGAUUCAGCUCAGCGCGAGGUCCUCGGAAGAGUCAUCACAACGGAGAUCCAGCUAGCCGGCAAGACUCGGCAUGUCUUCAACUGGAAAGACAUUCGCAAUACAUGGACCCAAUACCGGAAUAACUCGAAUUUGACGUUGGUCAAUAUCCUGCAUCUGACCUACUCUCAGACCCUUGGGUACUUUCCAAAGGAAGUCAUACUAGAUAAAAUUCGAACCGCCAACAUGCUCGACGAUGUUGGAGACUCAAUGCUUCCCUUGAUCGAGGAGCAGAAGCCGAGUGAUAUCAAAGAUGGGGAAGAUGAACAGUAG